GCAAAGCUGGUGCGGUACAUCUGCAAGCAGCGGCAGUGUAAGCUGAGCGUGACCCCCAGCGACAGGACUGCCGAGCUCAACAGCUACCCGCGCUUCAGUGACUGGUUGUACAUCUUUAACGUGAGGCCUGAGGUGGUGCAGGAGAUUCCCCAAGAGCUAACACUGGAUGCCUUGCUGGAGAUGGACGAGUCCAAGGCGAAGGAGAUGCUGCGGCGUUGGGGGGCCAGCGCUGAAGAGUGUAGCCGGCUACAGCAAGCUCUCACCUGCCUACGGAAGGUGACUCGCCUGGGAGGGGAGCACAAAGAGGACUCUGGUUGGAAUUCGGCAGAUACACAACGGGAAAGUAGUUUGGGGCCUUCCGUGGACAUGCUCUCCCCGCUGGGCAGAGUGGGUGCCAGCACUCAGGGCCCUCGUUCCGUCUCCGUGUCAGCCCUGCCUGCCUCGGACUCUCCAGUCCCCGGCCUCAGUGAGGGCCUCUCGGACACCUGUAUUCCCUUGCACACCGGUGGCUGGCUGAACCCCCGGUCCCUGCACAGCUUCAUCACACCCCCUACCACACCCCAGCUACGACGGCACGCCAAGCUGAAGCCGCCAAGGACACCCCCACCGCCAAGCCGCAAGGUCUUCCAGCUGCUGCCCAACUUCCCAACACUCACACGCAGCAAGUCCCACGAGUCCCAGCUGGGAAACCGAAUUGAUGAAGUCUCCCCAAUGAGGUUUGAUCUCCCUCAUGGAUCCCCACAGCUGGUACGAAGGGAUAUCGGGCUCUCAGUGACACACAGGUUCUCCACAAAAUCAUGGUUGUCGCAGGUCUGCAACGUGUGCCAGAAGAGUAUGAUGUUUGGAGUCAAGUGCAAACACUGCAGGUUGAAAUGUCACAACAAGUGCACCAAGGAAGCCCCCGCCUGCAGAAUAUCCUUCCUCCCACUAGCCAGGCUUCGGAGGACAGAGUCUGUCCCCUCCGACAUCAACAACCCAGUGGACAGAGCAUCAGAGCCCCAUUUUGGAACCCUCCCCAAGGCCCUGACAAAGAAGGAGCAUCCUCCAGCCAUGACCCUGGACUCCAGCAGCAACCCAUCCUCCACCACGUCUUCCACGCCCUCAUCACCGGCGCCCUUCCUGACCUCAUCUAACCCCUCCAGUGCCACCACGCCCCCCAACCCCUCACCUGGCCAGCGGGACAGCAGUUUCAGCUUCCCAGCUGCGUCCUUCAUUCAUCAUAGACAGCAGUUUAUCUUCCCAGACAUUUCAGCCUGUCCUCAGGCAGCCCCGCUCUCCAGCACAGCCGACACUACACGGCUCGAGGACCAGCCCAAAGCAGAUGUGCUGGGUGUUCACGAAGCAGAGGCUGAGGAGCCUGAGGCUGGCAAGUCCGAGGCAGAAGAUGAUGACGACGAGGUGGAUGACCUCCCCAGCUCCCGCCGGCCCUGGCGGGGCCCCAUCUCUCGAAAAGCCAGCCAAACUAGCGUGUACCUGCAGGAGUGGGACAUCCCUUUCGAACAAGUGGAACUUGGAGAGCCCAUUGGGCAGGGCCGCUGGGGCCGGGUGCACCGAGGCCGAUGGCAUGGCGAGGUAGCCAUUCGGCUGCUGGAGAUGGACGGCCACAAUCAGGACCACCUGAAGCUGUUCAAGAAAGAGGUGAUGAACUACAGGCAGACCAGGCAUGAGAACGUGGUGCUCUUCAUGGGGGCCUGCAUGAACCCACCCCACCUGGCCAUCAUCACCAGUUUCUGCAAGGGACGGACGUUGCACUCAUUUGUGAGGGACCCCAAGACGUCUCUGGACAUCAACAAGACGAGGCAGAUCGCUCAGGAGAUCAUCAAGGGCAUGGGGUAUCUUCAUGCCAAGGGCAUCGUGCACAAAGACCUCAAGUCCAAGAAUGUCUUUUACGACAAUGGCAAAGUGGUCAUCACGGACUUCGGGCUGUUUGGGAUCUCUGGCGUGGUCCGGGAGGAACGGCGUGAGAACCAACUGAAGCUGUCCCAUGACUGGCUGUGCUACCUGGCCCCUGAGAUUGUACGAGAAAUGACACCCGGGAGGGAUGAGGACCAGCUGCCCUUCUCCAAAGCUGCUGAUGUCUAUGCGUUCGGGACUGUGUGGUAUGAACUACAGGCAAGAGACUGGCCCUUCAAACACCAGCCUGCAGAGGCCUUGAUCUGGCAGAUUGGAAGUGGGGAAGGAGUGAGGCGCGUUCUGGCAUCCGUCAGCCUGGGGAAGGAAGUUGGCCACUUUUGGAAGUCGGCUGACAUUAACAACAGCAAAGUCAUGCCCCGCUUUGAAAGGUUUGGCCUGGGGGCCCUGGAGCCCAGUAAUCCCAAGAUGUAGCCGGCCAUGCACGUUCGUGCAGAGGCGUCUUCCUUUCUGAAACAUGAUUAUGAAACACGCAAACUAUCACCAGGAGGAAUCAGAGAAGUCCUGCGUGGCGAGCUACAGACCAGGAGGAGUAUCACUCCUCCCUGAAGAGUGUGUUACAGAGGUGUGUGGGGCUCAGGAUCGGAGCCAUACAUGUCACUCCAGAUGACACCACUACAGCCAGUGUUUACACAGAGGUUUCUGCCCCGCAGGCUUGGUGUUUUACAGCAGUUAAUAACAGCUCUGCAAUAGGGUGCUGGCACUUCAGAGCAACAGAAAUGCCCCCCACAUCCCCUUCUCUAAGACCCGGCAGCAGUGAGGGGCCCAGGGUUGAGCGAGAAGUAGGAAAAGCUGCCCAAAUGGCUCUUCUGGGAAAAGAGAACAUUGCCCUGGCCUAUGCUUUGGCCCUGACCCCCCACUGGUCUCUCUGUCGUGUAAGGAACACCAACCCUUCCUUCCUUAGCUUGCAGGGGAAACCCUGGCUAGGAGCCCAUCUGGAUUAUGGUCAGGACUUCCUGAAGAGUUUGGGUUCCAUUUCUGCUCUGAUCUGGGCUUGUUGUACUAAAAAGUACAGACCGAAUCCAAGUGGCUUCUAGAUGGAUGUGGUGGAUCUUAGCCCGGCUUCUCCCGCAGGGGGAGGAGACAGCCACACAUCUGUGGAGACAUCUGCUGCUUCCCUGAGGACUCCAGGCAGGCAUGAAGGCUGUGGAGCUCAGCCUCUGCCAUCACACACAUCAUGUCAACCCCCAGAGCCAAGAGCUAGCCCAUCAGCUGCGUGCACAGUGAGUUCUUGGUUGAUGAGAAUAGGGAAGGUAGCAAAUACAGCCUGUGAUGACCCUAGCACUUUAAAACUCAUGUCUGUGUCGUGCCAGAAGAUUCUAGACUUCCCACCACUUUCACUUCCCCAGUCUCACUGCAGCCUUUUAGCCCAUUCUGACCCCUGUGUGUGCCCUGAGCUCAGAUGAGGGCGUGAGGCUGUCCAGAUACUUCAGCGAAACGCACCUAGUAGGUCCCUACUUCUGUGUUCAUUCCGGCAAGCAGGAGGGGCUGGAUUGGGGCAAGUCACAGGUGCUCCACAGAAACUGCCACCUACAUAGGCUGUGCAGCAUCAGACUCCACAGCCAGAACGAGAACAAAAUGGGAGUGGAGAAGCAGUUAGAUUUGGGCCGUAGGCUUACAGUCCCUCUGUGGAGUCUCUCUCUUAGUUAAACACCAACUAAAGCCUCAGUUCUCAGAGUGUGUCCUAGCACCAGAGUCCAGCCCAGGUGUCCGGUGUAACAGGCUAUUCUCUGAGAAGCUGUAGGAUUCUCCCCACACCCCACCCCAACCCCCAGCACAGUUGUUCAUGCUACAGGAGAGCUGGGAUGGUAGCAUGUUGAACCUGCCCCCCAGUGUGGGGGAGGGAAGGAGGAAGAGCUGUGAGCCCCUGUUCAGCUCUGUCCUCUGAAAUGGGACCGUCAUGUCACUUCCCCAUUCCUUUGGCUUUCUACCCUAGCCCUUGGUGUGACCUCCCCACUCCAAACACCACUGAGUGUAUAGCUGCUGCCUCUGUGGCCGUCUC